UGUGUGUGUGUGUGUGUGUGUGUGUGUGUGUGUGUGUGUGUGUGUGUGUGUGUGUGAGAGAGUGCAUGUGUGUGAGAGCUCUCUCUCUCAUUGAGAACAGAGGAGCCAGACAAACAAGCCAAGAUGAGCAGAACUACUUUCUUUGAGGUGGAGAUACUGGACGCCAAGACCAGGGAGCAACUUUGUUUCCUAGACAAGGUGGAGCCCCACUCAACAAUUGGAGAGAUCAAAAGUCUUUUUUCCAAAUCAUAUCCUCAAUGGUACCCAGCCAGACAAGCCCUUAAACUCGACCCUAAGGGAAAACCUCUGAGAGAUGAUGAAAUACUACAGAACCUGCCUGUUGGAACCACAGCACUGAUGUAUUUCAGAGACCUCGGGCCACAGCUAGGCUGGACCAUGGUGUUUCUGGCUGAGUACAUGGGACCUCUGUUUAUCUACCUGCUCUUCUAUUUCCGUAUUCCGUAUAUCUACACGCACAAAUAUGCCUUCACCUCCAGCCCCUUCCCUGUCGUCACACUCGCCUGUGCCUGUCAUACUUGCCACUAUGUUAAGAGGUUGAUUGAGACUAUCUUUGUACAUCGUUUCUCUCACGGGACGAUGCCACUCAAGACUAUAGUCAGAAACUGUUUGUAUUACUGGGGCUUCGCAGCAUGGCUAGCCUACUACAUCAACCACCCUCUCUACACGCCCCCCUCCUACGGGGAGACGCAAGUGAACUAUGCUCUGGCCAUAUAUGUGUUGUGCGAAGCUGGGAACUUCUCCAUUCAUCUGGCCCUCAAUAACCUGCGAGGGGAAGGACCCAAGUGCAGAAAGUUUCCACAUCCGACUAAGAACCCUUUCACCUGGCUGUUCUUCUUUGUCUCCUGUCCCAACUACACCUAUGAGGUAGGAGCCUGGGUGAGUCUCUCAGUCAUGACCCAGUGUCUACCAGUGGCCUUGUUCAGCUUCCUGGGUUUCAUCCAGAUGACCAUCUGGGCUAAAGGAAAGCAUCACACCUACGCCAAGGAGUUUAAGGACUACCCCAGCCUCCGAAGCGCUAUCCUCCCUCUUCUUCUCUGACACGGAGAAGGAGUGAGGGCGACAGGAAUGGUCUCAAGUCCUCCUGGAGCCGUUCAUGUUUGAUUGGAGAUAGGAAUGAUCUCUGGCCCAGGAUCCGAUGGUGGAUGAGGCGCGUUCGUUGAUUACCCCUGAGCCUUUGCGUAUUUUGUGGAAGUAAAUUGCUAAUGGACACAGACAUGCUAGCUUUGGCUAGCUGAAUGCAUAAUGAUGGAUGGCAACAUUAGCUACAUUUGACCUCAACGUGGAUUGACUGUUGGUGACUGUAUGUGUCACAUUUAGAGUUAUCCAGAUGGCUCUCUCACCUGCCAUCAUGGUAUGGUAGAUACCAUAGCCUACUCUACGAUUUUGCACAGGUAAACAGUGUCAUUGGUCUUGAGUGUCUGUGUGUGGAUGGGAUUUUUUUAUGGAGGUUUCAUAGGAGUUUAGUCAGUCCUAAAAUGUUAUGUUUUUUGAUUUGAUAACACUAUAUAUUUGUUGAAAUAAAACUUUGUAGUUCUCCUCGCAAGAAAAUGUAUGAUGACUAAUUUUCAUAUAUUACACGUUACUAUGUUCAGGGCUUGAUGGCAUUGAUCUGGUAAACGAUGGAGGUAAAGAAGUCAUGAAUGUUAAAUAUAGUCCCUCUCUGGGUCCUCGUAACAUUUAAAAGGAGUAAUUGAGGUCACUGUGUGGCACAUCAUGAUGACGUACCCAUGACCUAGGAAGUCCUUGGAAAGAGCUAGAUAUACCGAGUUGUGUGUGGGAGGCUUGUUUGAAAAAGAAAGUAGGUCGUAAACUGUUCAGUAAAGAUGUGGUAUGACAGCAUCAUUUCACAUGAUGGUGUUAUUUCUCUGUAUCAGUCCCUUCUCCACAUGUCGGGUGUUGCUACUGUGAGUGUGCCUGCUACGGAACAAUGUUGGGGGACAGUAAUUAGACAAUACAUUUGUUAAAAAGUACAACAAAUAAAUAAGAGACUAUUUGCCAAAUCUCAGGUGUUUACCUAUAACCUUUUGUAUUGAAAGUGUAUGUAGCGUGUAAAAAGCCUACUUUUAAUCAUUUAAAUAGCUGUAAAAAGUUUUUUUUUUCCAAAGACAGGCAAUUUGUACAAAUGUCCCCGAAAGUUAAAAAAUAUACUGCAUUUAAUUUACAUGAAGCUGAAAAUUGAGAGAAUUUUACAAUUUUGUCAACAUUCUCUGUAUGCCAACUAGUCAGAAAACCAAAGCACAAGUGAUUAUAUUUUUCAUUUGGUACAACUUCAGUUUGCACACAUGAUUAAGCGCAGAGUUGAACAGUACAUUAACAGCGUACAAAACACGUCAUCAUUUCCAUAUGAAUUUCAUAGCAGCAAAUGCAUACAUCUAAAUUGCACUAAUAGAUUUUAUCAAAAACCUUUGUAAAAAGAAAAGAAAGUGAUGCAGGCAUUAAUAAAGUCCCAAGACUAUA